GCCCAACUCAAACUGUCACGUUCUUUUGAUUUUCUUUCUUCCCAAAAAUAUCUCUAUUUCAGAUACCACGGCAGCAGCAGCGAAAUGUACCGAACGGUGGCGAGUCGAUUAUUGCACACCGCAAAACACUUCAAUGGAAACACUGGACUCCGAUUCCGGCUUCCUCAAACAUUCAUAACCUCUUCUCGCUUUUCCACUACGGAUAAUACUCAACCAUUUUCUAAUCCACACUCUAUCAAUGAUCCAAUUCCCGUUGUUUCCACCACCGAAAACCCUAGUUUAUCUGAUUCCACUUCUUCAACAUCAUCAUCAUCCGAUGAAGAUUCUCGGCGCUUCGAAACCCCUAGAUCAGGAGCCAAGUACGAGGAAGAACAUACUCGAUUGCUUCAAGUUUCGCUCACUCACGUCAUAAAGAUGGGAUGGACAGAAGAAGCGUUAAUUGCAGGAGCAAAAGAUGUUGGUCUUUCACCUUCUAUUGUUGGAUCUUUAUCGAGGAAGGAAGCAGCAUUGGUUGAGUUUUUCAUGGAUGACUGCUUACAAAGACUCAUUGAUAGAAUUGACUCAGAACGAGAAAGCUUGAAAAACUUGACACCAAGUGACUGCAUCUCUAAGCUUAUCAGAUUUCGUCUAGAAAUGCAAGGUCCUUACAUAUCCACAUGGCCUCAAGCUCUCAGCAUCCAGGCACAGCCAGCAAAUGUUCCAACAAGUUUUAAGCAGAGGGCAAUGCUUGUGGAUGAGAUCUGGCAUGCUGCUGGUGAUAAUGGCUCUGAAAUUGAUUGGUAUGCCAAGCGCGCUGUCCUUGGAGGAAUAUAUUCAGCGGCAGAGAUUUAUAUGCUGACAGAUGGUUCUGCUGCAGAUUUUCGGGAUACAUGGGCAUUUUUGGAUGCUCGAGUAAAAGAUGCAUUUAAUUUGAAGAAAACCAUUCAAGAGGUACAAUAUUUAGGUGAAGCUGUGGGUGCCGGUCUGGGGAACUCCUUUCAAGAGUUUGCUGGGAAAGUUUUUCGGAGAUGAAUGAAUCGUAGCUCAAAAGUUGUUCGAGUUUCAUGCAUUUGUCUCUUUAGUUGUAUCAUGAUUCAAACAACAACGUUUCUUCAAAAUAAUAUUGUAACUUGAGGGAGAUAAUACGUCAACUAGUUGUUAUAUCUUGGAUUUACUUCAUUUAAGCUUUUAAAAGCUUGUAAAUAAGACCAAUGGAGGUGGGUCUGGCAAAGGAGCUAGUCUCUCACCUACAAUGUGGUGAUCCACACUAUUACUUUCUAGAAGAGAUGUAUACCUUUAAUAUCCAUAGUAUCUUAAACAUGAUUACCAGAAUAUGUGGUACACAUCACAAAAUAGCUUGUAAAUAAGAAUUCGUUUGGAUUAUAGAAAAAUCAUGAUUUUUUACUAA